CAACAGCUAGACAUGCCAACAAGAUGCCUGUGAAUCUUCAAGCUCAAAAUUCAGAGAAGGAACCCCUUAAAAAUUUAAGGGCAACCAUAGAAGAAAAUAAACUUUCUUCAAUUAAAGCUGUCAAGAUCGGCUUUAAGGCUGCAAAGCUUGUCGAAACUGACAGGAAUUAGCAACUCCUGCACGUCAAAAAAAAAACUAACUCCCCAGCAAACUCUGAACAUAAGGAAAUGCGGGGCAUUACAGCAGCAAAGAUUGACCAUCAUAUUGACAGUUCUCCGAAUCAAAAGCCUGCGACCCCUUUCCUAAAGAGGAAAAACACUAAUGAGCUUUCAGAAGCAGAUUUAGCGCCCUUAAGGUCCCUGAAGCGACUCUGUCACUCUCCUAGUGAAAUCAGAAAUUCCAAGGGGUGCCCAGAAAAGGUUGUUGGAAAGGUGGAGAGUAGGCCCAACAGCUCACUCUGCAAUUCUCCCACAUCCAAACUUCAACGUCCACUGGAGAUUAACCUGAUGGAAGUGAAAUUUCCCACUUCUGCGUUCUUGGAGGAUAACAGCACUGUUGAAAAGGCUGAGUCUUAUACAAAGGAACUUGAAGAUAUUUGCAACAUGCUGAAAAAGAAGCACGAGGAAGCGAAAGAAUUAAUAGUUCGGGCAGUUGUGUGA